AACGGCAGUUGUGAAAGAGUGAGCUCAUUACCUCGGAGGACUCAUUCCCAGAAGGCAGGGCUUCGAAACACUAUAAAAGUUCUCAAAUCUCCAUGCUCCAUCAUCCACUUGACUUCGUGCUUCUCCCUGUUGACUGGUUCGGUACUCUUGUUUCCUGCAAAGAUGUCUUUGAAUCAAACACAAAUCAAGCAGGAAAUCACCCUCCCAUCUGGCCUGAGCAAAACGGUUCCAAACGAAAGUCAAGAGCCUGUGCCGUGCCCUGAGCCAGUCCCAUGUCCACAGCAGCAAUCCGAAGUCCAAGUCCCAACACCUUGCCCUGAAACAGUCCCAGUGGUACCAUGCCCAGAAAAAACAGUGCCGGUGGUGGAACCAGGCAAGGGAGAAACACCGGUGGCCGUGAUACCCGAAUGUCCACCUCAGGAGCAGCAGCAACAGCAGCAAUGCAAGCUACCGCCAACUUUCCCACCUGCAUCAUGCCCUGAGCCUGUUCCAUGCCCUGAAGAGAAAUCAGCAUGCAAAGAGGUGCCUGUGCCAGCCCCUGUAUCCUGCUCUGACCCAACUCCAUGCGUGUUGGAGAAGCAGGAGUGCAAGGAGAUCCCUGUGCAAGUUGCGUGUUCGGAGGCUGCAGUGUGCCCUCAGGAGAAGCAGCAAUGCAAGGAGAUCCCUGUGCAAAUUUCUGUUCCGUGCCCUGAACCCACACCGUGUUGCCAGGAGACUCAGGAGUGCAAGGAGAUCCCCGUGCCCACCUCAUGCCCUCAACAGAAGCAAGAGUGCAAGGAAACCCCUGUGCAAAUCCCUGUUCCAUGCCCUGAACCUGCACCGUGUGCCCAAGAAAAGCAGCAGUGCAAGGAAACCCCCGUGCAAGUCCCUGCUCAAUGCCCUGAGCCCACACCAUGCGCCCAACAAACACAGCAGUGCAAGGAGCCCCCUGUUCCGUGCCCUGAACCUGCAACGUGUCCUCAGGAGAAGCAGGAAUGCAAGGAGACUCCUGUUCCAUGCCCUGAACCCACACCGUGUCCUCAGGAGAAGCAGGAAUGCAAGGAGACCCCUGUUCCAUGCCCUGAACCCACACCUUGCCCUCAGGAGAAGCAGGAAUGCAAGGAGAUCCCCGUGCCAAUCCCUGCUCCCUGCCCUGAGCCGGGGCAGUGCUCCAUCCCAGAGAAGUGUCCUCCCAUCGAGCAGCAGCAGGUGAAGCAGCUCACCCAGUGGCCACUGGCACAGAAGUAACUUGCAGUUGACACGGGAAGCCCUCAAGAGAGAAAAGAGUUUGCAAACCCAGACCUCCUCUCCGCACGUCUCACAACUAGAAGUCAUUUUCUAACAUCCUUUUCUUCACUGCAGAAUUCCCGCUAUGAAGCUCAGCUUCCAAGGCCCCCCAGCUAACGCUAGCGCCAUCCCAUACUAACAGCCCUCCGCUAACCGACACGUCGGGACUGUCCAUAGGUAAUAAGGCUUCAAGAGGUGCCGUAGGCAUGUGCGUUCAGCUUUCCAGCAGCCUGAUUUUCUGCCCUCUCCCACUCAUCCCGCUGGCUUUUAACGGCCCAGAGAGAGACCAAAGAGCAUGACGGCACGCACGCGUCGGGGCUCAUUAAGCUAAAUACUCCAACUAAACCCAAAUGCGAUUAGGGACUUCGAGCUCAUGGUCCAAACCCGCAUGCUGCCUCCUGGUUUCCAUACCUUCCUCCCAGCUCCCUGCACGCAAAUGCCAUCUCCCACCUUGCAUUUAGGAGUUUCUGCCCGUUAAUCAUAGGAUUUGAGGUUUGUGCCGAACCUGCUGCUAAGGGGUCAAAGGCAACGAGACUUUCUGAAUCAUGAAUCCGUAGUGUUGAAUAUUUUAUGCCAAAAUCAUAAAAUAUUUUAUGUCAAAACCAAAUCCACUGGGCUAGAGGAAAGAGAUUGAUUUUCACAAAAGAGGAAUUGCCUCUUAACUAUCUGCUUAGGUGAAUUGGUAGCAAUUCCUCAUAAAGCUCACCUUGGAUUUUCUAGGAUGUGUAAAAGAACAGCUCGAGCUGAGGUUAGGUAUGGAAAAUAUAGAGAUAAUUAAAUCUAAUCCAGACAUGUUUUGAAAUAGGUUAACCUCAGGCGUGGCUUCCAUCUGUUAGAGAGGAUAAAGGAGGAGACAUACACAGUGCUGUCUCAAUUACACCCUGGAACAUGUUCCACCACACAGUGGUGUCAUGUAUGUAUUUGGCACUUACCUCUAAUUAUUUCAGGCUGAUAUUGUAUCCAGGAUUUAUUUCACUGUGAAAAUCAGCAAUAAAAAUUACUUUGAAUA